CGGUAUUGUGACGCGCCUGCGGAAGUUUUUUGCGGCUCUUCUUUCAGUGUUUGAGCGGAUUUACUGAAACCCUGGCGGAGGAAAAACUGCAGAAAACGCAGCGAGAACCGAAGUGGAAGCUCCUGGAAGUGUGUGUUUCAUCAGUAUUCAGCGGACCGUGUGUUUGUUUCUUCACGAGUUUCUGCAACUCCUGCGCGCGCUCGACGCUUCAGUCAGAAGACGGAGUAAUAAACACGGAUGGUUUUACCCGAUAAACUCGACCAAAUCUCGACGAGAUAUUCUUCAAAAGUCCAGGAAAACCGACGUGCUCUCCCAGUCCUGAUGAUUCCCUGACCUGCUAUCAUGGAGAAGAAGUCCUGCAGUGUCCUUCUGCAGCAUUCCAGUGCACUCUCCAGCGUUCCCAUCAUGCCUUUCACCUCGCCGUAUGCUUCACAGCCUGUCGCUGAUUGGCUGAACGGCCUGCGGCUCGACCAGUACUGUGCAGCGUUCCAGGAGGCCGGAUUGGGAACAUUGUGGCAAUGUCAGGAUUUAACCUCCGGCAAACUGCAGUGUCUGGGCGUAUCUCUACCCGGACACAGAAAGCGGAUCCUUGGCAGCCUGCACAAGCUCUUCCCAUCAGAAUCAGGGAUGGAGGAUGAUGAAGAGCGUGAUGAAGACAAACCCGUCGUCAGAGAGAGGACCAAAUUCCGAGACGGGACACCAGAAAACUGUGUAUCAUCUAAAAAUCCGCCUCCCGUCCCGCCACGGGUUACCGCUAACCGACCUCCUGUUCCCUUCACAUCCACAACACUGAGUCCUGAACACAAGGCCACACCCACUCCUGCUGAACGAGCAACGCCCACUCCUGCAGGACGAGCAACGCCCACUCCUGCAGAACGAGCAGUGCCCACUCAUGUUGAACGAGCCACGCCCACUCCGAGGCCACGCCCAGAACACUUGGCUAUUAAAGGGCCGGCGCCGCAGCUCCAGAGUAGAGCAUCUCCGGAGACUCCUUCAUCCUCUUCUUCCUCAUCUUCAUUGGAGCGGUUUCACCUGUAUGAACAGUGUUCCUCACCUGCUCAGGUAGAUACAGGUGCUCCUCCGCUUCCUCCCAAGAGCUACGCUGUGGCUGUUGCUAAAGAGCAGAAAGAUGCUCCUCCGGCUCUCUACAGACCUCCAAUUCCACCACCUCGGGGCUCCGUCAGCACCAGGACUACAAUUCCCAAAAACCUGCCGUCCGGAAGCCCACCUGCUUUCAGGUGUGUCAGAGUCAGACCGAGCUCCUGGAAUGAGGAUCUGAGCUCGAUCUCCUGCUCCCAGAACAGUGUUUACCUGCCCAGCUCAGGUCAUAUCAGCAGCUCUCCCCCGCGGGACGACUGGACCUCCGCUGGUGUGCCUGUUAUGAAGAUGGGCUGGCUGGACAAGAAUCCUCCUCAAGGGUCUCUGAUCUACCAGCGGCGUUGGGUCAAACUGGACUCUGAAUACCUGAGAUACUUCGACACUGAGAAGGACGUGUACUCAAAGAGGAUCAUACCGACGGCCUCCAUCACUGCUGUGGUGAUUGUGGGAGAUCAGAAGUUUGAAGUGGUCACACACAAUCGCACUUUCCUCUUCAGAGCCGAGAGCGAGUCUGAGCGCUCUGAGUGGGUUUCUGUGCUGAAGAACUGUGUGGGAACGUCUCGAGCAAACACGUGUCUGGACCCUUGUCUGAACCCAGAGAUGAAGGGCUAUCUGGAGCUGCGCGGCCUGCGCUCCAAACUCUACACGGUGGUGUGUGCGGAUAAAGUCUUCCUCUACAAGAACACAGAGGAUUAUCGUCUGGGGAUCGGCAUCACCUCUAUCGAUAUGAAUGUUGGUAAUGUGAAGGAGAUCGACAGAAGAGCGUUUGAUCUGACCACACCGUACCGCAUCUUCAGUUUUGUGGCAGAUUCAGACCAGCUGAAGGAUCAGUGGGUGGAGUCUAUGCGUGACGCCAUCGCUGAAGCUUUGUCCAAUUACGAAGUGGCUGAACGGAUCUGGGCGGAGCCGUCCAAUCAGAUGUGUGCAGACUGCAGCGCAGCCAAACCUGAGUGGGCCGCCAUCAACCUGACGGUGGUGUUCUGCAAGAGAUGCGCAGGAGAGCACAGAAGUCUUGGCCCGAACAUCUCAAAAGUGCGCAGUCUGAAAAUGGAUAAGAAGGUGUGGACUGAAGAUCUGAUCCAGCUCUUCAUCACCGUGGGGAACCAGCGAGCCAAUCAGUUCUGGGCGGCGAACGUCCCUCCUAGCGAAGAGCUAACGCUAAACAGCAGCAGCGCAGAGCGGCGGCGCUUCAUUACCGCCAAAUACAGAGAGGGGAAAUACCGCAGAUACCACCCACUGUUCGGCAACCAGAGAGAGCUCAACAACGCGCUGUGCAUUAACGUUCAGUCCAGUGAUGUGUGUGAGACGCUGGCGCUGGUGUUCUGCGGUGCGGAUGUGAGCUGUGACACCGACGACCCUGAUCUGACCUCUCCAAUCGCCCUCGCACAACACCACGGACAGAACCUGCAGGUGGAGUUCCUCACACAGAACCGCAACACAGAGCUGCCGAGGUCAGAGGUCAAGGUCAACAUCGAUACGGUGCACUACAUGGCCCUGCCCUCCAUCACGCAUAAUGGAUUCCUGUUUAAGACCGCCUCCAUGGCUCGACCAAUCACAGAGAAGAAGGGGAAAGAAGAGUUCAGUCGGCGCUGGUGUGUGUUGAACGACGGCAACUUUAGCUACUACGAAAGUGACAAAAACGCUACACCGAACGGAGGACUGAAGAUGAGGGAGAUCGUCUGUCUGGCUGUCAACCCUGCUGAGACUCAUGGGUACGAUCACACCUUUGAGCUGUACUCAGACUCUGAGCGCCUGUAUCUGUUCGGCACAGAUAAUCCAGAGACCAUGAGAGAGUGGGUCACGUCCAUCGCAAAGUCAUUCAUUCCCGCAGGGGUGGAGGAUCUCCUGCUGAAGGAUUUCGAGCGUAUCGGCCGCCUGCGCUAUAAAGACCGUCUGAACCGCGAGCUGUCCCGGCUGGGCUGGUUCUGUCUGCUGGGCUCCAAUCUGCACAUCCGUCUGGAGGAACACACUGCAGACCAGAUCAUAGACCUGCAGAAACUGCUGGAGCUCUCAAUCCAUCCGGAGAGUGAUGUUCUGGUUCUUGUGGAGCGGGGCAGGACGCUGUACAUCGAGGGCGAGAGGAAGCUGGAUUUCCAGGGCUGGGCGACGGCCAUCCAGAGGGCUGCUGGGAGUUCUGGAGACACACUGAGCCAGCAGCAGCUGACGGAGGCUGAUAUCCCCGUCAUCGUGGAGCGCUGCAUUCAUUUCAUCACACAAUACGGUCUGACGUCAGAGGGCAUCUACCGUAAGAGUGGUGUGAACAGUAAGAUCGCCGCCCUGCUGGAGGAGCUGCGCAGAGACGCGCGGUGUGUGUGGCUGAAGGAGGGAGAGCAUCAGGUGGACGACGUCUCCAACGUCCUCAAGCGUUUCUUCAGGGACGUGCAGGAGGGUGUGUUCGGCCUGGAGGCGCACCGCUGGCUCGCUGCUACAGGUGUCUCAGACGAGAGCAGUCGUAUCUGUCAGUAUCGUCUCCUCUUCAGUAAUCUUCCGCGAGUGAAUCAGGCCACACUACGAGCGCUAGUCAAUCAUUUAUACUGUGUGCAGCGGUUUGCAGAUCUGAAUCAGAUGAAUCUUCAUAAUCUGGCCAUCGUGUUUGGGCCGACGCUCUUCCAGGCGGACGGGAAGGAUUACAGCGCCGGCCGGGUCAUCGAGGACCUCAUCCAACACUACGUCACCAUAUUCAGCGUGAAUGAGCAGCAGUUGAAGAAGCAGUUAGAUGAGAUCACAUACAUCAUAAAGCUCAGAGACAACCUCACACCUAAACCUGGAUCGGGCAGUAGUGGCGAUUUCAUCUGCACAGUUUACCUGGAGGAGAAAAGGGAAACAGCUGAACAGCAUGUGAAGAUUCCAGCGACGAUGACGGCAGCAGAACUGACAUUUGAGGUUCUGGACAGACGGAAAAUCAGCGUGAAGGAGAAAGACUACUGGUGCUGCUUCGAGGUCAACGAGAAGGAGGAGAUAGAGCGGCCGCUGCACUAUCAGGAGAAGGUUCUGCCCAUCUUCCACUCUCUGGGCACUGACAGUCACCUGCUGGUCAAGAAGCACUUCUCUAUGGAGGCCAUGCUGGUGUAUCUGGCCAGUAAAGUGGAGGUGUCGAAGCACGGGAUGAUGAAGUUCAGGGAGGAGCGCAGUCUGCUGGGUUUGGGUUUGAGCACCGGACACUUUAAUGACCGAUACUUCAUCCUGACCAGCACAUCACUGCGACUCUAUAAGGAAGUGCGGAAUCUGCAAAAGCUGCAAAGCCCAGAUCUGCAGUGUAGUAAUCGUCCAGAGAGAGAAUGGCCAGUCAAGUGUCUGAAAGUCUAUCAAGGCAUCAAGAAGAAGCUCCGUCCGCCCACAUGUUGGGGACUCACAGUCAUCUAUGAGAGCGAAAAACAGGAGAAGCAGGAAAAACAGCAGUGGUACCUGUGCUGUGACACUCAGAAUGAGAUGAGGGAAUGGUUCGCCACCUUCAUGAGUAUACAGAACGGAGGGCGUGUGUGGCCAGCAGAGUGGCUGAAGUCUCGAACCGUGAGCCGCUCAGCUCCUCUGGACGCUCGCUUCGGUAACGUGUCUCUGAUUCCUCUGCGCGGCAGUGAGAACGAGAUGAGGAAUAGUGUCGCCGCUUUCACAGCUGAUCCUCUCGCCCUCUUCAGAAACCUUUGACGAAGUGACCAGCGUUCAGUCGUGAUGUUCUCAGUCCCGCGCCGCACAAACCUUCAGUCUCACCUGCACUUUGACCUUCCUGGACGUGGUGCAUUCUGGGAAAUCAGACUGUUACUGGACACUGGUCCUGAAGGACGGGAUGUUCGCUGGACUCACUUUUACACACUUUAUAAAUUAUUUCAGCCUCAUGUUCCUGUUCCGACACCAAUCAAAUGGAAACGAAUCACAAACAAGUACUUUAAAGGUCACAGGUCACGUGUGUGUUUGUGUUCGAGUGUGUGUGUGUGUGUGUGUUUAUAAGAAUGUGUAAAUAUCAUGGCAGAAUUACCAUAAUAAUUAUCCUUGAUGAAUAAGUUUACAGCUUGUAGUUUGAGAUGGUUUUUGGUUGAUAUGUUCAUAGCUAUACAUUUGUUAAUGUAAUGAUACUGUAAUCAGAAUACAUGUAGGUGGGCUAAUGCUGCCGUCACGCUAGAGUUUGAGCAUCUGAAAUUCUGUUGCAGGGUGCUGUGAGAAGGGGCGGGGUUUAAACAAGAUGAUUAGACAGUUACAAAGCGAGCGAUUGGUCCAUAUUUUACAUUUCUGUACAGAGAGGUCAUGCUUUAAUUAUUGGUCUCACACAGUCACAUGAUGCGAUAUCGCAGGUCAGAGUUCAACAAGCUUGACCUUUUCCAAUGUAUUGAACAGUCGAAUAUUUGCACGCGUUUGAAUGAACGUCUGUGGGGAGAAAUGUGCAGUGUGACCACAGCUAAAGUAUAAAGUGAAGGAACACAUUGGUGAAAGCAAUGCGCUGUCGUCAUCACCGUUAAUCAACAACAAAAGACUAAAUCUAAACGUUUAAGACUGAAAUAAUGUGACAUGCUGUUGAGAAUAACGUCUUAAAAUACAGUAAAGAGUAGAUUAUGAGAUGAUGUAGUUCAUAUGCUGAUGUGGAGGAUUUCUGCAUGGCAUUUCAGUGUUAUAAUAGGGGAUUUCUAUUUUAUCAUGUACACCCAAUCAAACUCAUAUGAACUGAAUCGGCAAAUUUGUGAACCGUCCCACCUCUAUACAUACAGUGUAUAUAUAUCAGACGCCCUUCAACUCUCCACUCUUUGUUAUCAUACUGAAAUCAUAUUUUUAGCAAAUGUUUUCCUCGUUUAUGUCCACACAGCAGCCCAUACUGACAGAAAACACACAGGAUUAUUGACGUUUUGCAGAUUUAUUAAAACAAUAACUGAACUCUUACAUGCUCAUCAGUAGGGCCAGACAGAAUCUGCAGAC